AUGGAGGACCGACUCCAUUUCAUCUUGUUGUUUCUUCUGCUGGGACCGUUUACAGGUGUUUCAGCCGUCGUUGAUUUCACCUGUAUCACCAAGCCCCGUAUUGAUAUCGACAGUGAAGACACCUACAUCGCCGCCUAUCUGAAUGGCAGUGAUGCUGAGCUGUCCUUUGCUCGUACGACGUUCACGCGUACUGGUACCGAUACUCACGACCCACCACCACCGUUAGAGCUACCUCUAAACAGUUCUAAAACAUCCAUGGCAUCGGAAGGAAAUCAGAUCUCUAUUCUUCGAUUGCCGGCGGCUGGAGGGAAGACUAGGAUUGGAGUAUUUGCUUGUAAAGCCACCAGGGAUGACAUCAGUAUUGGUACCGUCAUCAUGAGUAAAAACGCUGACUUCCUCCCUAGCCGAGUGAGUCAGACGGUAAACCUGGGGGAUUCAGUUAAUCUGACUGUCACUGCGACCAACCAAUCGAGCACAAGUACCCGCUGGAGAAAGGACGGCGGCAACGUCACCAGAAACAGACGCGGUAGUCUGUACUUUGAUUUCAGCAACAUCGAUGCUUCAGACAGUGGGGUUUACGAGGUCCACCUUGCCCAGGCACGUCAGCAAGGAAACCAGGCACUCAUGCGAUUAAUUGUCAGAGAAUGCAAAGAGCAUAAAUGGAAAGCGUUCUCAUGCAAUAGCUAUUGUCCAGUCUGUUUCAAUGGCGGUGUGUGUGACGACAAGAGUGGAGACUGCAUUUGCCCGCCUGGCUUUAGUGGACAAUUCUGCGAAACUCCUGAAGGCCCGAACUGUUUUGGCCAAUCAGGAAGUUUUCGUUGCGACUCACUUGAGUUAGGAGGCGGUCCUACGUGUGCAGGGAUGCUGUUCUGUUUACCAGAUCCUUAUGGCUGCUCGUGUGCUGCAGGGUACCAAGGAAUCGACUGCAAUGAAACUUGUGCUGCUGGUUUCUACGGAGCAGACUGUGCGCAGACAUGUCACUGCAUGGACGGGGUCACAUGCAACGAAUUUACAGGCGAGUGCUUUGGGGACUGCGCAUCAGGAUUCAUGGGCAUCAACUGCCAAGAAAAAUGUCUUCCAUUCAAUGGAAAUGUGGCAUCGUGCAACACAACUUGUACAGACUUUUUAGACCCUGCUCUGGAUUCCUUUUCGCCACAGAUCGUUGCAUCAUUCACAUCAUUCCACAAUGAAUUGACUAGGACGUUCCUUUGGCAGCCCAUGAAUUGCUCAAACGGCAUCAUGAUUGUGAAUUACGUAUACAAGUUCGGGUCUUUAGAGAGUCAAAAGGAACCAGAAGCAGAACGGGCUGAAGGCAACUCGGUACACGUACCCGUGUCGUGUGUUAAUAUUUUGUAUGAAUUUGAGGUAGCUGCUGAAACCACCAAAGGCAUCGGACGAUUCAGCGUUAAAAACAGAUUCUCGUCCUUUUGGCAAGUACCUGAUACUAUAGAUGGACUGACCGUGAAUGGAAACAGGCACAGCAACCUCGAUCUGACGUGGGACGCACCGGGAACCAGCCACGACCACCCCUGUCCUGUAUCUGACUACCUGGUGACCUUUUACCUCAUAAACCUAGAGCAGUGUCUAGAUGUUCAUCAAUAUGGCGGAUCGCUGAAUACCAAUGACACCAGCAUCACUCUACACGGACUGAAGGCGUACUCUACUUACAAUGUGUCUGUCACCCCGCGAAACGAAGCCGGCAACGGUACAACAUCGUUCCUUCAAGUUACAACUGGGGAAACAUAUCCACAGGUUCCGCCCGAAUUCAACAGCAGUUCAGCAACGACUGACAGCAUCACGUGGACAUGGAACCCCAUCCCUUGUGGGAGCAGAGGCGGCAACAUUACUGGCUAUGCAACAAACUUGACUGGACCCUUUGGGAUAAUUGAUGAAGGGAAUGUCUCAUCCACGUCCGUGACACACACCGGUUUAGAACCCUGUACAAACUAUACUCUAGCUGUCUGGGCAUACCCCAGUAAAGGGAGACGACAGCCGUUAACUAUGCGGCAACGAACGGCCAAUGAUGUGCCAGUUGCUGUAUCAGGUAUGUCCAUCCGCGUCAUAUCACAUGAACGAAACGAAUUUGACGUUUGUUGGACUCCCAGUGAAGGACCCUGCCCUGCGACAUCUUACAAUGUAACAUAUGAGCUCAUCAAGAUGGACCGAUGCAGGAAGCAGAAUCCCCUGAUUUUAACACAUUUUGCAACCGUCGACACCACUAAUGUUACGAUCCACCUACCUGCUUAUUACUCAAAGUACACGGUAAAGGUCGCGCCAAUCAACGAAGCUGGACCUGGUGAAGAAAAUUUCGAGGAUAUAGAUACAAACGAAAGCACACCAACUGCGGCACCGGUAAUCCGUAGUGCAGCAACCAAUGACAACGUCACGUUCUUCUGGGAUCCCAUCCCUUGUGGCAGUAGACGUGGGAAUAUCACUCACUACGAGUACAGAUUCAAAGAGCAGAUACCACGUGAACAGGAAAAAAAUAUCGAAAAGAAAAACAUCUCCAGGCUGUCGGUUACCUUUGGUGAUUUAUCACCGUGUACCACCUACUCAAUCAGAGUUCGAGCAUUUACUCGCAUUGGAGCAGGUCCGUGGACAAACUGGACACAGCAAGACACAGUCGUAAUAGAUGAAAUCCAAGAACUCAACCUGGAGCCCUCAACCAAUGAAAUCAAGGCCUCUUGGACAACUGCUGGGAGCGAGGACAACCCUUGCCCUGUGACCUCGUACCGCGUUAGUUACCAACUUCUCAACUUGGAGCAGUGCCAACCACAGACCGACCCUGCUCUGACAAAUUUGGAAAUUGUGAAUGGCAAUAACACCGACAUUACAUUAAUGCAUGCUUACUCUACGUACAGUGUGCAAGUCGUACCGGCAAAUAAUGCUGGCGCGAAAUACAUGAAGAACAAGACAGUUACGACUAAUGAGGGAGUGCCAUUGGCUGCUCCAGAAAUCGACAAAAUGCUCCCUUCCAAUCAGAGCGUUCGAGUGUCUUGGAAUCCAAUUCCCUGCGGCAAACGAGGCGGUGACGUCACAGGCUACACGUACGAGCUGCGUGACGCAUCUGAGUCCAGGGUAGAAACAGCUGACACCACGGCAGAGUCUGUUGAAGUCAAUGGUCUGCCACAAGGGGCGUCCUACUCCUUCAGGCUGCGGGCGUUCACGCGUGUAGGGCCGGGGCCCUGGAAGGAAGUUGAUUUCGAUAUUCCAAAAGAUGAUACUACUGCGCCAUCUCCGCCUACUCAACCUGGGAGUAGUCCUGCGGGCUUAGUUUUGGGCGUGGUCGUCUUCCUCCUGGUAGCAGUGGUUCUUGCUCUCGUGAUAGCUAUCAUUGUCAAGAAACAACGACAGCGAGGGAGCCAUGCUAUUUGUGUAAACGGAAACCAGGAUGAAGUUGAGUUGGAGAAUUUACCUUCAACGUCUGGUCACAAGGCAUCAGUUGAUGCAUCAGCCACAGAGGGCCUAUCCACUGACGAACCAUUGACGUCAUCCACUAAUCCACCAAAGUCUACUGAACAGCAAGCUGUUGCUGUCUCUCCCAAAGCUGGACCAUCCACAACAUCCACUGAUUCAGCAUCAGCACCCGGUCCAUCCACAACCAAUAUAAAGGCCUCUGUGAAGCCCAAAUCGUAUGCCAAGUCUGCCACCAAGCCCAAGCCGAAGGCUUCGGCAAAGGCAUCCCCGAAUUUCUCCCAAGCCGGCCCAGUUGCCAUGGCUCACCUGGCUGAAUACAUCAAGAGUAGAACAGCUGGGAAGGUCAAUGGAUUCCAACAAGACUAUGAGUCGAUUCCAGGUGAACAGAUGCACUCUUGGCGCGUCGCCAAAGAGGACCAGAACAACAGGAAGAAUAGAUACCAAAACAUCUUGCCAUAUGACCAUUCUCGCGUGGUCUUGGACUGUCUUGAAGAUAACUCACAAUCAGACUACAUCAAUGCCUCCUGCAUCAACGGCUACAAGCAUGAGUCCAAGUACAUUGCAUGCCAGGGUCCGACUGAGGCCUCAGCGGACGAUAUGUGGCGCAUGGUGUGGCAGGAACGAGUGGGAAAGAUUGUCAUGCUGACUAACCUGAUCGAAAACGGCAAGUGCAAAUGCGACCAGUACUGGCCCGAAGGCACUGCCGACUACGGGGAACUGUUUGUCCGUAAAACGGACCAAACAAAACACGCAAAUUUCAUUGUGAGGACUUUCCACGUGUCGAAGAGCAGUGAGCCUGAGGGUGAAUACCGUGAGUUAACCCAGUUCCAUUACACCACCUGGCCAGACAUGAAACCACCAGAGUCAUCUCCUUUACUUCAGUUUGUCAGAAGGGUUCGAGAAACAGACACUUCACAACAUGGACCCAUCGUUGUCCACUGCAGUGCUGGAGUUGGCCGCACAGGAACCUUCAUUACAGUGGACUCCAUGCUUGAGAUGGCGGAGGAAGAGGGCCAAGUCGAUGUCUUGAAGUUUGUAAGCGACAUGAGGGAACAGCGCUUCCUUAUGGUCCAAACUCUGGAUCAAUACAAGUUCAUCUUCGAUGCUCUCUUGGAGUCGAGUCUGUCGGAGAACACAGCCAUCAGUGCUGAUCGCUUCCAUCAGAGUUACGCUAAACUCAAGAAACGAGACAAGAAGACAGGGACUACUGGCAUUGAAUCUCAGUUCCAGAUGCUGGAGUCGUUCACCGCAUCACCGAGCGAGGAGCAGUGUAUGGGAGGGAGGAGCGCCGCCAACGGUGACAAGAACAGAUUCAAAGACUGCAUUCCUAAAGACAACACCCGACCGUAUCUGAUGACAAAAGGUGAUGAAGGAAGUACCAACUACAUCAACGCUACAUUCCUGGAUGGUUAUAACAGCAAGCAUGCCUACCUAGCCACCCAGGCACCUCUGCCUAACACACGGGGUGAUAUCUGGAGGAUGGUGUUUGACUACAAAGCAUCUUGCAUCGUCAUGCUCAAUUCCAUGGACAAUGACCCGAGUGUUGUCCAGUAUUGGCCGGAGAAGGACAAUUUGGAGUUCGGACCACUGACCGUUACACUGACCCGUGAGGACCGGCAUAACGAGGACGUUAUCAUACGGCAGUUUGAUGUUUGCCAUCCCCUUAGCAAGAAUGACGAGGUUCAGAGCGUCUGCCAGAUCCAAUACCUGGGAUGGCCCUCUGUGAAGGAGGUUCCAAGAUCCCCGUCUAGUCUCCUUAAGGUGCUGGAGGCUGUUAAGAUGUGGACGACUGACCACCCUGAUGGACCCAUCGCUGUCCACUGCAUUGACGGUGUUGGAUGCAGCGGAACCUUCUGCGCCUUACUCACACUCCUGGACCACCUCGCAGUGGAAAAAGUUGUAGACGUCUUCCAAGCCGUCAAGAAACUCCGCACCACCCGGGCUGGGAUGGUCAACACUUUGGCUCAGUACCAACUGUGCUAUCAGGUGAUGCAAACCUACUUGGAUUCCAGCUCAAUCUAUGAGAAUUAUCGAUGAAUCAGUUUGGGACAACUUGUUAGACAUCAUAAAUGUCAGAUUUGCAUGUCCAUUAAUUUGUAACCGAUACUUAACGUUUUUGUAACGACAGAAAGGAUUUUUGAAAGGGUAGGUUUCUCUGCUUUAACGUCAAUAUUAAAUCUAUAGUUUGAAAUUCCUGCUCGGCAAUUUUCUGUUCGUCUUGGGGCCAGGCUAGUAGCCUUAUUGUUCCUAUCUCGCUGACUGUCUGACUGACUGACAGACAGACAAUUAUAGACCUGAGACGUAAUGACGUUAUGGCUUUGUUUACAUUAUGCGCUUUCCUAUAGGAGCGAAGUCGGGACGCCAGAUAAAGUGGGGACGUCUUCUACAUAGGAAAGGGCAUAUAUGAACAAAGCAUGUCGUCAUUUUAGGCUUAUUGUGACAUAGACUGGUUGUAUACUGGCAUAGACAGCCGGGCAGUGUUAUCGUAUAGGAGUACCCGUAAUGGGCUAAAUGCUGUCCAUUGUGUAGACGAGAUGUUUGACAACUCUUCCAGUGAAUAGCCAUUCUAAAUCAAUUGAAUGCAAUUUCUUUACUUUGUUGUGAGACCAUGCAGGUUGGCUAGUCUUGCUCACAUUAUCUAGCGCGAAUUCUCCCUGUUAAGCAAUGGACUAUCCUCCCAUAUCUUAAACUCAGCUUUCGUUUUCUCCACCUGUCGUAUCUUCAUCUUUGCGUUCAUUUCCCCGCGUAUUAUUAUUCAAGAAAUGAAGUGACAAUUGCAGUCACAAUUGAUCUCAUUAAUUGAUUACUUUUAUACCUGAUUAAACAAGCGGUAAUUUAUGCAUAAACGUUUACCCAGACACCAUGGGUAUCAAGAUGUACUAUAAAAAUCCAUUAUGUAAACUUAAUUACAAUUGAUAAAUGUUGUUGCUCAUUAUUGUAGACAACAAAGCUUUUGUCGUAGAAUGCGAACAAUUGAACGUAUAAUAGUCAACAUCGAUAUUAGUGCUUUUAGUUACUUAAAUGAUUUAUUGAGACACUUAUACGCUAAUAUUCAGCAUGAUAUACAGACACAUUAAGCAAAGUCUCUUCAUAUUUCUAUACUCAAGAUGUGGUUUAAAUAUUGUGUUAUGGUACAAUUUUAGUAAUAAUUAUUAUAUCAAUCAACGACACACUCCAAAAAAUGUGUUUAGAAAUGAAACACAAUUUUGCUGCAGUUUGUAAACAUGUCUAGAGCUAUUACGUGUCCAAUUCCUGAACAUCAAUGUUCAGUUGCUACAUAUGUCCAUCAAUACUCUAAACAUGUUUAGUAUUUAGUCAUGUUUGCAAAGUGAAAGCCAGAAAGCUUUUGUUUCUGCAGCUUAGCGAAAGGGUUGACAAACCAUCGUAGACACAGAAAUUAGCGAGAUGGCUGUGCUAGGCAUUAACAUAGUGAGACAACUCAGCGGCGACUGAGCUUUUGUUGUUUAUGAAAAUGUUGUUGUAAAAAAAACCAGUAGUAUACUCUGAUGUUACACGAGGCUUUUACUGAUGGGAUUGGUUUGAGGUAACACUCAAAACUAAUCGCUUUAUUGACGACAGAGUCUAUAGUAAGUUUUAGAAACAAAGCUUCUUGAGAAAUUAACUGCUUGUUCUUGAAGCUAACAAAAAAAAAAAACAGUCUAACGACCUCCGCAGUGUGGUACUUGAUGUUGGUUGUUUGAGAUAAAUUAGAGGUCGCAAAGAGGGAAUGGCGGUUACCGUCAGACACUGGCAUAGUUCGGGAUGAACUCGAUAUAAGCAACACAAAGUUAGAAAAGCAGACGAAAGCCCUCCAGGAUGCGACAGUCGGGCAGGGGUGAAUGAUAAUGUGGGGA